AAAUUAUCCUUCAGAUUUGAGGUCAAAUUUCAGCUGAGGAGACGCAGGAGCAUGGAGAACGGCUGCUGCGCUCCCACACGUCAGAGGAAGGACGCGGCUGCAGGUCAAAGGUCAUCCCCCCCGAACAGGAAGUGGGCGUCAUGGUGGGCGUGGUGAGCUCUGUCAAAGCUCUGUGGGAGACGAGGAUCAGGAGGCUCCAGGAGGACGAAGACGAGCAGAGGAGGAAGAGCACCAGGGGCGGGGCCACCGGCAGACUGGGUGUCGGGGUCUGGGAGGACCGGGCGGUUCUGGCCCGUCUGAGGAAGAAGCUGCAGACAGAAGACGGACGGCUCGUCCUCCGAAUCGAGCAGGAGGAGUGGAAGAUGUUGCCGGACUGCCUGGUCCAGCUCAGUCAGGUCCACGAGUGGCAAAUUCACCGGACCGGCCUGCAGAAAAUCCCUCACUGCAUCACCAGCUUCCAGAACCUUCUAGUUCUAGAUCUGUCCCGCAACGGGGUCACAGAGAUCCCCAAGCAGAUCGGGAAGCUGCCUCAGCUCCGAGAGCUCCUGCUCAGCUGCAACAGAAUCCAGUUUGUUCCUGAAGAGCUGAGCUGCUGUGAGAGUCUGGAGAGACUGGAGCUGGCCAUGAACCGGGACCUGGACCAGCUUCCAGACCAGUUGAGGAACCUGAAGAAGCUGCAGCACCUGGACCUGUCCAUGAACGACUUCCCCGCCGUGCCGGACUGCGUGGUCGCACUGCCGGCGCUCCAGUGGCUCGACAUGGGAGGGAACGGGCUGCGGCGGUUACCCGAAGACAUACACAGGAUGGAGACGCUGCACACUCUGUGGCUGCAGAGGAACCGGCUGGAGAAACUCCCAGAGAACAUCAGCAGGAUGAAGAGCCUCGACACGCUGGUCCUCAGCUGCAACCUGCUCACGGACAUCCCCCCCCUGAUGGAGGACAUGUCCAACCUCAGGUUUGUGAACUUCCGGGACAACCCUCUGUCUCUGGACGUGACGCUGCCCUGCACGGAGACAAAGGACGAGGACGACAGAGAGAUGUUUGGACGGGAGUUCAUGCAGACUUACAUCCGGGAGGCCAGAAAAAGAGCCUCCGCCGUGCUCCACAUGCACCGAGUCCCCCGUCAGUCCCCCGUCAUCGCCGCGUCGUCUCCCGCAUGAAACGCCGACAUUAACCAAAAGAAUCCGACGUCCCAGAAUCAAAGAAUCUUUGACCCAGUUGUUAGACGUAAAGAUGAUAAUCUUCACCAGCUGCUCUUUAUCUUUUAUUGAUGGUUGAUAAUUAAAAAGACAAGUGCUCAAAGUUUACAAACAUUUAUUUGUAACUUCACGUAAUUUAGUCAUCAGUUAUGCUGAAAAACAGAUUAAACAGAGUGAAUCCUAAAGGUCCCAUAAUGCACCUGGAUGGUGUUUUCCUUCGUGCCUCUACCCGGUAAUAACAUAAAUAAAAAUAUAUUAAUUAUUAAAAAAUAAUCUCACGUUGACUAAAAUAUGUUUUGUCAUUUAAGUGAAUUGAAUGUAUUUUUAUUUUGAUCACGUUUCUGUUUCAGAGCCGACGGAUGACUCAUCAAAUAAAUAAAUAUUCCUCUUCCUGGAGCUCAGCCACGAGUUUUAAAGCCAGUGAAGAAAAGGAUUCAGAAGCAGCGGUUCUGCAUCUGGAGGCUGAGAACACGAUAUUGACACAUUGAUGGUUUUGUUUUUUUCCAGUUUGUGUCACGCGUCAGAUUUCAACUGAGUACAUUUUUUUUCAUCCAAAAAGCCACAGACAAAGUGUUUUGUAUGAAGUUAUUUUUAAAGUAGACAGAAUGAACACAACUGAAAACAUUUUAAUACAAAAAUUUAAAAUUCUAUCCUUUUAAAUAAAAAUACCGAUGUCUG